GGAGUUAGGUGUUUUUGGUUAAAUCGAGAAUCUUUAAAAAAAAAAACAAAAAAAAACUUAACGAGUGAAUUUUUAUGGUUUUGAAUUGAUUGAAAAUUUGGAUAUCUCGUAUGUGUGUGUGUGUAUGUGUGCGUGGACUGUUUGCCAAUUAGUGCUAUAAAGAAAAAAAAAAAAAAAAAAAACGAAACAAAAAGUGAGAAAACGAUGUUUGUUGAGCCGGGUCGUGAUCGUAGACGCGUGGCCGCGCGAGUCAAUUGAAUUUGAAAAAAAAGGGGGACACAUAGAAAUAAAAGGAUUGUAGUGUUUGUUUGUUUGUUUUUUUUGAAGGAAAAAGAAAUCUGAGAUCGACAUUAGUAUUCUUCGUUUCGUGAUGCUUUUAUAAUAAUAAUAAAAAAAGGGGGACAUUUCGGGCCCAUCCCGUCAUCAUUCACGAAAGUCUAGGAGUGUAGCACACCCCGCGCUCUUUUCCCUUUUCUCAAGAUUCAACAGCCAUGAUGAAGUACCAGCUCAACGAGAUGCCGGCCGUAGUGUUGAUGUUGCUGAGCCUCUUGAGCUCUCCCGUCGGCGCCAACAUCUUCGAUAUAUCGGCAUUGUCCUACCAGACGGUGAUCGUUAAAGCUGGUCACAGUGUCAAUUUAACGUGCCCCGGUGUGAGCGAACUGUCUCUCAUUUCGGCUCUGGAAUGGCGCUGUCAGGGAUGUAAUUUACCACCGACCGCGUCAUCAUCAUCGUCGUCGUUAACGUCGACGAACGGCACGAAAAGUUCGGUCGGCGGUGGGUCGCACGGCGAAACGUCCGCCGUCAAAUUAGUCGAGUACAGCAACAACGCCGUGGUCGUCUGGAACAAUCAGGAGAGGAUGUCGCUCGACUCGCAAACGUACGCGCUCCUCUUUUUCCCCGUGCGUCAUUACGAUCACGGAGAGUACACGUGUUUGGUCAACGAACGCCGACGUCCCGACACCAUCAUUCACCUCAUCGUUCAAGAUGUUCCUGAUCCACCUGGUCGGCCGCUAAUUAUGGGCUUCACGUCUCGAUCGGUCAACCUUUCUUGGGCGCCCAGUCUCAGUUCACACGGCAGUCCCAUCAGCCAUUACAUCAUCCAUACCAGGGUUGGUGAAGAAGGUGAAUGGGAUGUUGAGAACGCGCUGGUCACAUUGACGAAUGCGACCAGCUCGCAAGUCAUUGGAUUGUUGCCUUACACCGUCUACAGUUUUCGAGUUGUCGCUAUUAACGCUCUGGGGCCGAGCACCCCCAGCCGAGAAUCUUAUUACAUGGUCACCCUACGAGAAGUUCCCGAUGGCAAACCCCUAGUAACGUCGGCACACAACUCUAGCUCGACGUCGAUCUAUCUCAACUGGAAGCCGCCGCCGAAAUCCAGCAUACAUGGAGAGUUCCUCGGAUACCGAUUAGCUUACAAGCAACGCGACGAUCCCAGCUCCGAAUCGGUUCAAGAAAUCUUCCUUAGAGAUCCCAGCAUUGAAAGUCACGCCAUACAAGGUUUGCAGACAUUCACGCAGUACAUGAUUUCACUCCAAGUUUUCAAUCCGGAAGGACUGGGUCCGAGUUCGACAGUAAUCGUCAUGACCGACGAAGGAGUUCCUGGAAAACCUCUAAAUGUAACAAUUGGAGAAGUGAAUGAUUCUACAAUUGCCCUGAGCUGGGCUGAACCUGAGAAUCCCAAUGGUGUUAUCAAAGGCUAUCGGAUCUAUUUUAUGAGAAAGAACUUUACAGAUGUUCAGACUGUCCGCAAUGGAGAGAAGUUUCAGAAGUUUGUUCUGACCGACUUAGAAUCCUAUAUGGAAUAUAAACUAUGGUUGAAAGCAUUUACCUGGAAGCACGAAGGUGAACCAUCUGAACCUAUAGUUGUUCAGACUGAUGUUCGGGGACCAAGUGCUCCACGCAUUGCCAACUUAACUUGUCACAAUGCAGACACAUUGUUUUUACAAUGGCACAGACCUUCCAUUUACAACAAGUCUAUUGAUUUGUAUUACAUUUACUACAGGAGGGAGGAUGCGUGGGAUUUUGAAGAAUUGGCUGUGGCAACUACAACGGAUCGCCUUGACCACAUGAUGUUCCUUCCGAAUUUAACGACGAACGUGAUGUAUGAAGUUAAAAUUCGCGGAGCCACUCGCAGUCUCUUUUCGCCCUCAAAAAUCUAUCCUGGUCUAUUCUCGGAAUCUCGGAAGAUCUUUGUAGCGCUCGACUGUGACCGGCUAUCAUUGUCUCACGUUCAGAGCGGGAGUGAGAUUUAUAGUCAAGAAAUUGAAUUAAGUGCUGGCAUGGUUGCUGCCAUGGUUUGUGCGUCAUUUGCACUACUUCUUGUAAUAUUAGCUUUCGUCCUCUGGCGAAAGUAUUUCCAGGCUGCUUACUACUAUCUUGACGAUGGACCUCCCACAACGCCCCCGCUCAACCAACCAGCGUGGGAUGGAGGCGAACCUCCAACGCACAAUAACAUGACAAUCAUCAUAGACGACGAUUCAGAUUUUGCUGACAGUAAAAAUAAAGAUUUUGGUGUUAACGCUAAAGGGCCCAUUCCAGUGCCACUUUUCCCCCAACAUGUCGCCACACUGCAUGCCGAUGGCGACAUUGGCUUUUCCAAAGAAUAUGAAGCCAUUCAAAGCGUCUCCUUUCAAGGAGAACUCAAUUCGGAGCAUUCAAUGAACGAGGAUAACAAGAAUAAAAACCGUUACUUGAACAUUGUUGCGUAUGAUCACUCCAGGGUCCAACUUAGGCCUUUGCCGGGUCAAAAGAAAUCGACCGAUUACAUCAACGCUAAUUACAUCGAUGGCUUUCAACAAUGCAGAGGUUACAUUGGAACGCAAGGCCCAUUACCAUCCACUUUUGACGCGUUUUGGAGAAUGAUUUGGGAACAGAGAGUAGCGGUUAUUGUUAUGAUUACCAACCUAGUGGAACGCGGACGGGUAAGUCUUUCAUUUCGCUGCUUCGAAUCUGAAGAAACUUUAAGUUUAUGUCUCAUCCACAAACAGAGAAAAUGUGAUAUGUAUUGGCCCAAAGAAGGGGUGGAAACUCACGGUGUUAUUCAAGUCAAAUUAGUCAAUGAAGACGCCAGAGCCACCUACACAAUUCGAACCUUCUCGAUUAAGCAUCUGAAGUUGAAAAAGAAGAAGUCUCAGAACGCAGAGCGAAUCGUCCUCCAAUUCCAUUACACCAAUUGGCCCGACCAUGGCACUCCGGAACAUCCGCUACCUAUUUUGAGCUUUGUUCGCCAAUCGGCGGCAGCUAAUCCGAUUGGAGCUGGGCCAAUCAUCGUUCACUGCAGCGCCGGAGUUGGCCGCACUGGAACUUACAUUGUGUUGGAUGCCAUGUUGAAGCAAAUUGAAUGUAAAAAUGAAUUGAAUAUUCGCGGUUUUUUGUGUCACAUCCGUAAUCAGCGCAACUUUCUCGUACAAACCGAAGAGCAAUAUAUAUUCAUCCAUGAUGCCCUGCUAGAAGCCAUUCAAGCAGGAAAUACCAAUGUUCACAGUAGCCAAUUGACCCGAUACCUCCAGCUACUCCAGAGCGGCUUGCCGGCUUCGCUCUUGUCAGACAAGAUUAUUGGAAGCAACUCAACCGCAAGUACGCUUGACACAACCACUACAACCAUGACCAUGAAUUCCAUUGGCAGCCAGGAAGACUUGUGGUUGCUGCUUGAUCACCAAUUCCAUUUGGUUACAAAUUUCCUUGUCCAAGAUUUCCACCUUUCAUCUGCCGUCAAAAAUUGCAACGUUCACAAAAACCGCAAUGCAGCUCUCGUGUCCGUGGAAAGUGCCAGAGUUUAUCUCACACCCAAGCCAGGUGUUGAAGGAAGCGAUUACAUCAAUGCUACGUGGUUACAAGGUUAUCAAAAGUUAAAAGAGUUCAUCGUGACCCAGCAUCCGCUGGAGGCAACCGUCAGUGAUUUCUGGCAAAUGGUGUGGGACCAUAAUUCGCAAACUGUUGUUGUCCUUUCUGAUUCGGCGGACGACGAUUACCAAGUGUUUUGGCCCCUAAAGCAGGCAGACGUAGAGUUCGAAAACUUCCGCGUUCGUUUUAUUGACGAACAUAAAAUUCAGUUACCAGCCGUUGGCAACCACCCCGCUCAUCCUGAAGAGUACGUUACUCAGAUUGAAGUUGCAGCACAAUCCCUUCAGGAUGACUAUGAACUGCGGGUUCGUAUAUUUUACUGUCCCAGCUGGCCGUAUAGAGGAGCUGCAAAUCCAGAUUUGGCCGCCCUGUUUCGGUUGCCUAAGUUGGUGAUCGACUCGCACCAGCAGUAUCAGAACGGUCCCGUAGUUGUAGUUGACCGAUUUGGCGGUACCGAAGCAGCUACGCUUUGUGCAUUAACGACGUUAAUGCAACAGUUGUCGCGGGAUCAGCAUGUCGACGUCUACAUGUAUGCCAAGUUGUAUCACAGUAAGCGACCCAAUGUGUGGCCUUCACGAGACGAUUACAUGUUCCUCUACCGUUGCGUCGAGGCCCUGCACCAUCACUUGCCCGUACCCCCCUCCACUCCGCCAACACUCCACACAUCGUUUAGCUUGCCACUUCAGUUGAACGGGUAUGCUGGCGGAAUUGGUGACACGGUGAGCUUGACAUCACUUCCACCGCUGUGCACCACCCCGAGCGCGACCAGUCCCAAUGGCGAUGUUGUGUGUUUCAGAAUACCGCCCGAUGGUAUGGAACAAGAAAUGGUGGAUGUCGUGUGAGUCUUUGCCAAUGCCAA